AUGGGUAAUCUUCAUCACAAAGCAUUAAUGAUAUCAGCCUCUAUUAGUGCGUAUACAGCACCGACACUUAUGGGAAUAUGUUUAUUAACGGAUCAUUGGAUAUACGGAAAUCAAACACGUUUAUCACAAAAUCCAACAUUAAGACCAGGUGACAUUCGAUCAUUAAAUUUUACGUUUCAUCGAAUUGGAUUAUGGAGAGAAUGUGUAAAAGAAACAAAUGCAGAGGCAAAAUUAGAAAAAGGAUUUAAAGCAGUUUCAUAUCGCUCGGCACCAAGCAUGGCAUGUUUUACUGCUGCCUCAGCAUUAUUGGUAUUAGCCAUAUUUUUAUUCAGUCGAGGUUUAUGUAAACGACGCCGAAAAGCAGUAUUUUUCAUCUCAGGACUUUUAUUUUCUAUCUCAGGUUUAUUAACGAUGGUUGGUGUUACAUUGUAUGUUAGUAUUACGACAGAAGAAUCUGUAAAAUUUGAUCAAGAAUUUCGUGUUAUGAAUUGUCAGUAUGGUUUUUCAUUUUUAUGUGCUGUUAUGUCAUUCGUAUUACAAGAAUUGACUGGCGUAUUAACCGUUUAUUGGUUCAUUUAUCGUUUUCGUGCAUUAGUUCGAAAACAAGAAAAACUGCGUGAACGAACACGAGAAUUAAUGAGCAAUUGUUUACAGAUGACAACGGCAUUACCGUUGAAUUUAGCACAUUUAACAAAUUCUGCUGGGAAACCAAGAGAAAAUUCGACAAUGCCAAGAGGCUACGUUGAUCACCAUCAUCAACAUCUCCCGAAUAAUCUAACACAAACUCCUCGUGUCCGCUAUACGACCAAUCCCGAUCCUCAACGUUUAAAACUACCGAGACGCCGAAUACCGUUUGAUCCCAAUUAUAAUAAAACACCACCACUGCAGCCAUUUUCACAAACAUCAACGAAUUACAUUAUCGCAGAUAAAAAUUUUCUUCCUCGUUCGCCAAGUAAUUUUUAUGGUGAAUACUGUCGUAUUCUAAUUCGACAAGAAGACAUGGCAUUACUAACAAAAAUGGUUAAAUCAAAAUCCCAGGCACUUCUAUUUAAUACUACCACACCGCCCAUAAACAAACAGAUGCACAUACCAAAAGAUACAAAUGCUCUAAUAUGCAAUUCUGCAUCGUCUCCAUCGGCAAACCACCUAAGACCAGCUCAACCACCACUACCACAACAACCACCACUACCACAACAACCACCACCACAACAACCACCACCACAACAACAACAACCACUACCACAACAAACGCAACAACAUAAUCCAGUGCUUUCAACGCAAAAUACAAGAAGAAGUUUAAGAAAAGGUGUUAAACGCACUACGUCUGUAUAG